GUUGGGAAAUCAUUCUGACAUCGUCAGCCUUUCAAGCAACACGCACUCAAACAAAUACAUAUUCUCAACUAAAAAUGUGCCAACAAGUCGUUGUCGUCGCUACCACCAACAACAAAAUGAAGACCAGCUACAGCAUCAAGCAGGUCCUGAAGACGCUUUUCAAGAAGCAACAGAAGCAGCAGCAGAAGCCUCAGGGCUCUCUGGAAUCCCUUGAAUCCGUCGAUAAUCUACGCAACACCGAAGCUGAGGAGGCCUACUAUGCCGAGAUCGAUGAGAACGCCGCUAACGAGAAACUGGCCCAAUUGGCCCACUCUCAGGAGUUCGAGAUUGCUGAGGAGCAGGAAGAUGAGGAGGACGUCUAUGUCCCAGUUCGCUUCGCUCGCACCACCGCCGGCACCUUCUUCUGGACCACCAACCUUCAGCCAGUCGCCAGCGUUGAGCCUGCCAUGUGCUACUCCAUGCAGUUCCAGGAUCGUUGGGCUCAGGCUUAAGAAACGAAAAAACUCAAUGCCUCACCCAUCAAUCUUCAAGCUUUAAGAACUCUACAAACAUUGUGAUAGCACCAGCGGCUUUAACUCAUCAACAAUCUCGGCGAUCCAGCGCUUCCAUUAGUUAAUAAGAUAUUGUGAUAGAACAAAAAACAAGCUUUAAAAUAAACGUACAAAAUACAAAA